AUGGCCACUUCUGUUAUGCUAUCCACUUCUUUCUCUCCCACGUAUCACCCAUCCCUUUUCCGUCCCUCUUCUUCCAUUCCAUUCUCCAAACCAAAACUAUCUUCACAUUCCUCCUCCAAUUCGCCAUGUUGGAACACAAAACCACUCUCUCUGCAUCACACCUUCAACUUCAGCUUCAUUACUCGUUCUUUAACAAAGGACGAAAACUCGUCGACCUUCGUCGGCGAGGAUUCCGCCGUGUUCGAUUUGACGAAACAGAAAAUAUCUUCCUGGAUUUAUUUCACCGCGAUUUUAGGAGUUGUUCUCUUCGUUCUAAACGUAGCUUGGAUUGAUAAUUCAACUGGCUUCAGCAAAGCCUUCGUUGAUGCUGUUUCAGGUCUUUCCGAUUCUCACGAGGUGGUAAUGUUGAUCCUAUUUCUCAUAUUUGCUGUUUUCCACAGCGGCAUGGCUAGCCUCCGCGACGCCGGCGAGAAGCUCAUCGGCGAAAGAGCUUUUCGUGUUAUUUUUGCAGGGAUAUCACUACCUUUGGCCGUCACUACCGUUGUGUAUUUUAUUAACCAUAGAUAUGAUGGAGUUCAACUCUGGCAGCUCCAGAGUUUUCCUGGGAUUCAUCCAUUUCUGUGGCUUUCCAAUUUCAUAUCUUUCUUUUUCCUAUAUCCUUCAACCUUUAAUCUUUUAGAGGUUGCAGCAGUUGACAAACCUAAAGUACAUCUAUGGGAAACUGGCAUCAUAAGAAUAACCAGGCAUCCACAGUUGGUUGGGCAGGUAAUCUGGUGUCUUGCUCAUACAAUUUGGAUUGGAAAUUCAGUGGCUGUUGCGGCUUCAAUUGGCUUAAUUUCACAUCAUCUAUUUGGUGCUUGGAAUGGAGAUAGACGAUUGGCUAUAAGAUACGGAGAAGAUUUUGAGAUAGUUAAGCGCCGAACAAGUAUUGUCCCUUUUGCAGCAAUCCUUGAUGGCCGUCAAAGAUUACCCAAAGAUUUCUACAAGGAGUUUAUUCGAUUACCAUACUUAGCGAUUACUGUAGUAACACUAGGAGCUUACUUUGCACAUCCCCUUAUGCAGACUGCUAGCUUCAACCUCCAUUGGUAG